AUGAGGAAGAUAUUGGAUUUAGAUUUCUCUGUAAAGGAUCUGGGAGAAUUAAGAUAUUUUUUUGGCAUUAAAGUAGCAAGGAGUGACAGAGGGACAAUGAUCAAUCAAAGAAAAUAUGCACUUGAUAUAGUGAAAGAUGUAGGAAUGCAAGAUUGCGUUACAACUAAAUUUCUUUAUCCUACAGGAACUAAGCUCGACAAUGAUGAAGGAGAGAUAUUUGAGGAUCCUGAGUCUUACAUAAGACUAGUUGGAAGUCUAUUAUACUUGAACUUAACAAGACCCGACUUAACCUUCUCAGUUCAGCAGUUAAGUCAGUAUGUUAGUUGUCCUAGAAAACCUCAUUUCAAUGCUGAUUUACAUGUGGUCCGAUAUCUAAAAGGGACAACAGAUUUGGGGUUGUUUUUUUCUAGACAAAACGAACACAUUUUAUUUGGUUACAGUGAUACAGAUUGGGGGAGUUGCGCGCAUAAUGGCAGGUCUCUUCUUACAGGGUUCAUGUUUUUUUGGGAACUUUCUUAA